AUCACGUCCGUUUGCCAUCGUCAGUCACGGGCUGGAGAAGAUGGGGGGCAAACAAGCGUCGUCGUAGCGAGACGUCAGGUGAAACCGGAGCGAAAAUGCCACAUACAUGCGCUGUUCUCGCAUGUGGGAAUCGUUCGAAUAGGAACUACGGGAAAAGUUACUACAGGGUUCCUAAAAUAAUCUAUCACAAAGGGAAAAAAGUUGAAGAAACAACCCAAAAACGCAGAGAUAGGUGGCUACUGAACCUGUCGCUCUCGUCGAGCGGAGCCGAGUCUGUACACGCUCGAGUUUGCAGUGACCACUUUGUGAAAGGGAAACCCAGUGCGUUAUAUGACGUGGAAAAUGAAGACUGGGCUCCGACGCAAAACCUCGGACGCAAGAAAGUGAAAGAAAAGGCAACGCCACCCAAGCCGAGGAGUAAGCGCACUGAGCUCCGUGAGGAGAAACGCAGGCGCACUGAAGGCGCGGAGGCUCUGCUCGUGCUGCGCAAUCAGUCCGAACCGGAAGCUGCAGACGUGGUGGAGAGCAUCCUAGAUCAAGAUGAAGAUCCAGAAGAAAGCCGAGGUGCGGACAAUGCGAGCAGGGGUUGCCAGACGCAUCUGACCAUGGCUGAAAUCGAAAGGAUGGAAGACGGACUGAAGGACAUGGCCAUCCAGUUGAUAGCGCUCAGAAAGAACACCUUAGAUGCACACUUCACGCAAGAGGCCUUUGAGGAAAAUGCAGACAAAACCAAGAGCGACGCGGGGUUUCCGAAUUUUUUCGACUUAAUGCAAAUGUUUGAGGAAAAAUUAUUGUAGUAUUUUUACACUAAAUGGCCAAAAACCUAAUAAAACAAUCCAGUUUAUUUCUAUAUAUAUAUAUAUUUAAUCAUUUAAUAGCUUUUUAUUGCCCUGUAGAAUUCUAUACCAGGGGUGUCCAGAGCGCGGCCCGAGGGCCAUUUGCGGCCCGCAGCUGUUUUUUUAUUGGCUCGCGGCGCAUUCUAAAAAUAUAGUUGAACAGGAAAACUUUUAAAAAAACAGCAAAGGUUAUUUUAGAAGAAUAAAGUCAAAAUAUUAAGAGAAAAAAUGUGUACUUUCAUGUGACAAAGAAUAAUGUAGUAUUAUGAGGAAAAAUAAUGUUUUAGUAUCACAAGGCUGAAAUAUUUAGGCGUAACAUUAGGAGAAAAAUAUAAAACAAAACGCACUUGGAAUUUUGGGAAUUAGGUUGGCGAAAGUUAUAACAUUAUGGGAAUAAAGUCCAAAUAUCGUUAUUCAUAUCAAAUUACGAAAAGAACAUUUACAAGCAUAAAGUUGAAAUACUUGGAAAAUUUGAAGAAACAACAACAAACAUUGACAGCUGUAAUUUUACAAGAAUAAAGUCAAAAUAUGAAGAGAAAAAAAGUUGUGAUUUUAUGGGAAUUAACUCGUAAUAUUAUGAGGAAAAAUAAUUUCAUAUUAGUAGCAUAGAGUUGAAAUAUUAAAGAAAAAACGUGUUUGUUUUUUUUAAGUUUGUAAUAUUAUGAGAAACAAACAACAAAAUAAAGUUGUCAUUUUUGGAAAAAUAGGUUUGGGAAUAAAGUCAUAAUUACAAGUGGAGAGUUGAAAUAGUUCCAAAAAAACAUCAGAAAUGGAAAAAAACAGCUGUCAUUUUAUGGGACUAAAGUCAAAAUAUUAAGAGAAAAAAGUCAUAUUCCAACGAGAAAACAACUGCAAUUUUACCAGAAUAAACUCAGAAUAUUAGGAGGAAAAAGAAUUUGGAAUAGAGUUGAAAUAUGACCGAAAAAAUAUGAUUGUUUGUUGUUGUUCUUUUCUUUGUUCUUUUCUUUUUUUUUAGGCUUGGGAAAUGUUCUACUAUAACGGGUCCAAAUGUCAAGACCAAAAUGUACAUGAAGAAAGAAGCAGUUAGAAAAUUAAAAAAACAGCUACAGAAAGUCAUUUUAUGAGAAUAAAGUCAAAAUAUUACUCUGAAAAAGUCACAAUUUUAUGAGUAUAAACUCUUAUUAUGAGAAAAAAUAUCAUUUUAGUAGCAUAGAAAUUUUUUUUGUAAAAGUCCUAAUAUGAAAAACAUGAAAAGCAUUCAAAAUCAAUCAUUUCAAAUAAUAAUACAUUUUUUGGAGAAUUAGGUUGUGGUAAAAUGUAUAAAGUUAUGAGAAUAAAGUCACAAUAUUAUGGAAAUAAAGUCUAAAUUAGCAGAAGAAGAAAGUUGAAAACAACUACAGAAAGUGAAAAAAACAGCUAAUUUUAUGAGAAUAAAGUGAUAAUGUGAAGAGGAAGAAGCUGCAAUGUCAUAAGAAUAAACCCGUAAUAUUAUGAGGACACAUGAUGUCAUUUGUGUUGUUACAUGAUGAGAAACCAAGCAAACAAAAUGAAGUUCCUGCAAAUGAGCUUGGAGAGAAAAGUAUGAUGCAUGUUGCAGCACACCACGUACAUAUUGGCCUGUUUGUUUGCAAGUGCACGAGAGGGUCUGAUUUCUUCAAACAAACUACUGGACUGUAAGUGGAACACGUGGAGAAUGUGGAACACGUGGAACGUGUCAACCAGUGGUUCACCGCAACAUGUCAUGUGGAAAAGGAUAACGGGAUGCGUCGUCCACUUAGUUUGUAUCGCCACAAUCGUCCAAAGGGGACAGCGCGCGAGAGGAAACGCCUCUUUCUGCUGCGCGUGCGCGUGUGUGAGACCUGAGAGAAAACCGCAGACCGACGCAUCACCGCGACCGCCAGCUUCGACUUCGGCUUGAACUUCAGCUUGUCAACAGAAACGUGGACUUCAUCUCCUCCGUCCUCUCUGCUGCCGCUGCUGCUUUUGGACAACUAUUGAUUUUUUAUGGUUAGACGUGGACUUAUGAUGGAGAACUAAAAUGGUGAGGAAGAAAAAACUGCUGGUGAUUGAAAGCUGUGGCAGCAUGUUGUGGGAUGGAUAAUCGACAGCAAAGAUCCAGUAUGGCCUCCGGUGACCCCGACCUUGCCGACUCCCCCGGCGACCCCCAGCCCGGUGACCUCAUUGAGAUAUUCCGACCGGCCUAUCAGCACUGGGCGCUCUACUUGGGCGACGGUUACAUCAUCAACCUGACCCCCGUCGAUGAGAGCCAGGCCGCCGCCAUGUCCAGCGUGAAGUCCGUGUUCAGCAGGAAGGCGGUGGUGCGCAUGCAGCUGCUGAAGGAGGUGGUGGGCGGCGACUCGUACCGCGUCAACAACAAGUACGACCACAACCACACGCCGCUGCCCGUCUGCGAGAUCAUCCAGCGAGCGCAAGGCCUGAUCGGCCAGGAGGUGUCGUACGACCUGCUGGGGAGUAACUGCGAGCAUUUUGUCACCCUGCUGCGCUACGGCGAGGGAGUGUCUGAGCAGGUGUCCUCCGUCCGCCGUCAUCGCCACUCACUCCGCACGCACACGCCAUAUGGACACAAGUAUUGGGACACGUCCGGCGGUCGCUUUCUGUGCCACCCCUCGCUGGCUUCGAUCAGGGGUGGCCAAUGACAAGAGUACGGUGUGGGGGCCACACUGAAAAUAACCAAAUCAGACAUUUCGAGAAUAAAGUCGUAAAUGUACAACUUUAGACUUUUUUCUCCUGAACGUACGACUGAAGAAUGAAGUUUUACGUUUACGAUUUUACACGCUGAAAAAAAUAUCUCAGAUUUUGAGAGUAAAGUUGUGAAGUUAUGACAAAAAAGUCAUACAUUGACGAGAAUAAAGUCGUACAUUUACCUGAAAACAACGUAAAUUUACGAGAAUAAAGAUUUACAACUUUAUUCUCAUAAAGGUAUUAUUUUUUUCUCGUAAACGUACAGCUUAAGAACAACGCUGUAAGUUUCCAAUUUUACACAUAGAAAAAAAAGAUUUUGAGAAUAAAGUUGUAAAUUUCUGACAAAAAAAGUCGUAAAUUUACAAGAAUAAAGUCGUAAAUUUACCUGAAAAAAAUUGUAAAUUUACGAGAAAAAAAGUCGUAGAUUUCCGAGAAUAAAGUCGUACAUUUACGAGAAAAAAGUCAUAAAUGCACAACUUUGUUCUCAUAAAUGUACGAUUUAAGAAUAAAGUUGUAAAUUUCUGAUUUUACACAUUAAAAAAAAUCUGGCAUUUUGAGAAUAAAGUUGUAAAUUUAUGACAAAAAAGUUGUCAAUUUAUCAGAAAAAAACAGUUGUAAAUUUACUAGAAAAAAGGCCUAGAUUAACAAGAAUAAAGUCGUACAUUUACAGGAAAGGAAGUAAUACAUUUACUUGAAUUAAGUCCUACAUUUACGACCUUACACGUUGAAAAAAAAAAUCUGAGAUUUCAACAAUAAAGUCAUAAAUUUAUGAGAAAAAAGUAAUAAAUUUACUGGAAUGAGGCAUACUAUUCCAUCAAUAUUAUUCUCAAAAGCUCAGAUUUCUUUUCCCAAUGUGGCCCUGAUACGUCUAAAAAUAUCAUUUAACAUGAAAAUUGCAAACAAUUGAAAAAUCAGCAGUAAUUUCAGAAGAAUAAAGUCACAAUAUUAAGAGAAAAAAGUUGCACUCUAACAAGAAAAAGUCAUCAUUUUAGGAAAAUAACGCCGUAAUAUCAUGAGAAAAGAGAACAUCAUUUUAGUGGCAUAAAGUGGAAAUAUUGAAGAGAAGCUACUUUUUUAAAAAGGUUGUGAUAUUAUGCGAAACAAACAAAACAAAAUACAAUUUUAAAAGUUCUAAAGAUAUAAUAUAAUGCGAACAAAGUCAGAAGUUUUUUGGGGAAAAACAUCAGAAUAUUGCAAGAAAAAAAUGACAAGAAGAGAGUUGAAACAGUUGAAGAAAUGGAAAAAAAAUAGCUGUAAUUUUACGAGAAUAAAGUCAAACUAUUAAAAGAAAAUUGUUUUAUUGGAACCAGAAAAAAAGUCACAGUUUUACAAAAAUAAACUUGUAAUAUUAUGACAUUAAGUUGAAAUAUUUUUAAAAAUAUCUAUUUUAUAUUAUGAGAUAUGAGAAAAAAAGAAAACAUUUUUGGAAAAUUAGCUUGGGGAAAAAAGUUGUAAUAUGACGGGAAUAAAAGGUAUAAUAUGACCAAAACAACAUGUAUGAUAAUCAUUCACAUUUGUGAUGAAAUAAACAAACAAACAAGCAUUUUAAGGCGAUGAUUGAUGGAUUGAUGAAUUUAUGAAUGAAUGAAGAGGUGUGGCCCAAUAGCGUAAUAAACGUGCUCAUGGAAAUCACGUGUCCAGGCUGUGUAACUGACAAGUAUGAAGGCUUUGUUAAAGUGCCUGCACUUUUCUUGCUCUGUGAUUUCCCUUCAGUUUAUUUGUAUUUUCUAUUCUUAUUUGAUUUGAUUAGAAUUACAUCAUUGACGAUGCCUCCUUUUAU